AUGUCACAGGCCGGCGGCACGGGCACGAACCUCAACGGAACGAGCAAGCCGCCAUCCUCGAAGCAUCGUCACCGUCCCAAACCUGCCCGAUCCAAGCCACCAAAGCCAUCGUCAUCCUCUCCAACGAACAAUAAUGUCGUCCCUGCCCUUGCACAACCGCAGACAAAGCCGUCUGAGGAUAUGUUUGGGACGAGUACGCCAGUGUAUGAUCGAGCAGCAGAGGAGGAAGAGGAAGAUGUCUGUCUCAUCUGUGCAGAACCGAUCAGGUUCUAUGCACUCGGCACUUGCUCCCAUCGGACUUGUCACAUCUGCUCCAUCAGACUGAGGGCGCUCUACAAGCAGAAAGCCUGCACGAUCUGCAAAACCGAAUUGCCUCACGUUGUCUUUACAGUCUCACCAGAUGCUCCGUACAGCGCUUAUGAUAUCAACCAGAUCGCUUUCAGAGACAAGGUGCUCGAUAUCUACUUUGAGACUUCUGCUAUGCUCGAAGAGACGCUCGCCUUGCUCAAAUUUAAUUGUCCUUGGUCGUCCUACACCUCGCUCUCGGCAGCCACUGCAGCUGCUCAGACAACCGCGCCUGAAAUAGACGACAAGGGGAAAGCAAGAGAGCAUGUUGAUAUUGCGCAAAUCAAGCAGGGCGAAUGCGAUAUCCUCUCCACAGGUUGGUCAGAUCUCAAGCGACACGUCAAGAAGCACAAUCGCGUUUUGUGCGAUCUCUGUGUCGCCAACAAGAAGAUGUUCUCGCAUGAGCACACCCUCUUCACGCCCGCCACUCUGCAGUCUCAUAUGCGGUACGGCGACGCAGCGCCAGGUGCGGGCGACGAUGCAGAGGCCACCGGCUUCACCGGUCACCCUGCCUGUGAUUUCUGCCGAAUCAACUACUACGACUCUGAUCAGCUGUACUCGCACUGUCGCAAGGAGCACGAGCAAUGCUUUAUCUGCGUCAGGAACGAAUGGGGACGCUACCAAUACUUUCGCGAUUUCAAGGAGCUUGAGGGCCAUUUCGCAACAGAGCAUUUUGCAUGUCAUGCGCCUACCUGUCUUGCGCAGCGCUUUGUCGUCUUUGAGACCGAGAUCGACUUGCAAGCGCAUCAGGUGGAAUCGCACGGUGCGGAGAUGCCGAGCGAUCAACGAUCUCGUCUGGGUGCAAGACGACUCGACAUCGAUAUACAUUACAACAACGCGCCAGCGAGUUCCUCAUCCCGGCCAAGGCCACCCAAGAGGAACGGUCCAGGACCCAAGCCGAUGGUCCUCCCUGGUAGAGGUCACUUGCCAGGUGAAGACGAGCCCCACUUGCAUCGCGUCGUGCCGGGUUCACAGCGACCGAGUCGGCCCAAUUUCCAAGCUUCUCUGACGCCUGCCAAUGCAUCAAAUCACACGACAGCCGUCGAUCCUGUUCAAGAGCGUCAUGCUAGCCUGCUACAAAAGGUAGCUUCGGCUGUAUCAGGCUCAGAUGGCAAGAUUACCGCUUUCAAGACGGCCGUUCGGAGUUUCAGAGCGGGCGAAAUGGCAGCGGAGGAUCUCGUGGACACGAUCUGGCAUAUUCUCAAUCGAGCGACAGACGUAGCUGCCGAGAUCAUCAACGAUAUGGCCGAAUUACUCGACAAUGACGACAAAGCUCGCGAUGUGACCCGAGCUUGGCGCAACUUCUCGAUCGCUCACGAUAGCUUCCCUUCGUUGACGCCUCUUGCACCGACGAGGACAGAAGGAGGUCAGCAAGUCUCUUGGCAAUCUGGCCAGCGUGCCCGCCCUCAGAAGACCGGUCAGCGGAAUGCAGCCAUCUGGGCGAGCGUAGAUAGAGCAGCAACGAGAUCCGAUGCUUUUCCCUCGCUACCCAAGUCGAGAGCCCAGCCUAUACCCGGUCUUCGCAAGGGUACGACGCCCUGGUCUACUUCGAGCGUAGCAGCUCAGCAGACCAGGAUGACCUCUCACCAGCCGUCGCCGCGUGUCUCGCCCGGUCCGAGCUUUCCGGCCAUGUCGUCUCUGUCAGUAUCGACGCCAGUCUCUCGGCCCCUGGAGCUACAAGCACCGCCAUCCGGGCAUGUACCGCACGCAUCUCAGUUUCCGGGGCUGCCGCAAUCGACUGCACAUGCCCGUCGAAAGAUCGAGCUCGAGAAGCUCAGAAAGGCAAAUGCGAUGAUCGCUUCACCGUGGCAGACGAGCAAUUCGAGUACGCGCAGUCCUAGUCCGGAGUUUGAGCAGCUCCGGAUCGAUGAAGAGCCUGCGGUGCGUACCCCUGUUGCGUCGAAGCAGAGCAAGAAGCCAAAGAAGCAGCUGCUGUUCACAAACUCGCGUAUAUAG